UCGCUGCUGUGAUAAGAAGAGCUGUGGAAACAGGAACGAGACGCCGUCAGACCCCGUCAUCAUUGACAGGUUCUUCCUCAAGUUCUUCCUUAAAUGUAACCAGAACUGUCUGAAGAAUGCAGGAAACCCCCGAGACAUGAGGAGGUUUCAGGUGGUGGUUUCUACAACUGUGAACGUGGACGGUCAUGUUCUCGCUGUCUCUGACAACAUGUUCGUACACAACAACUCCAAACAUGGCCGCCGAGCCCGGAGACUGGACCCAUCUGAGGCUGAUCACACCGCAUGCCAUCAGGGUCCAGACUCCGCCUCGACACAUCCCCGGAGUUGUUGAGGUCACAUUGUCCUACAAGUCCAAGCAGUUCUGCAAAGGGGCACCAGGACGAUUUGUUUACACAGCACUCAAUGAGCCCACCAUUGACUAUGGCUUUCAGAGGUUACAGAAGGUCAUCCCGCGUCACCCCGGAGACCCUGAGAGACUACCCAAGGAGGUGCUGUUGAAGAGAGCAGCUGACCUGGUGGAGGCGCUCUACGGGAUGCCUCACAACAACCAGGAAAUCAUACUGAAGCGAGCGGCGGACAUUGCUGAAGCUCUCUACAGUGUUCCAAGAAACCACAAUCAGAUCCCAUCACUAGGCAACACUGCCUCGCACGGCAUGAUGGGAGUAAACUCCUUCAGCGGACAGCUGGCGGUCAACGUCUCUGAGACAACACAAGUUGGUUACAGUCGAAACACCAGCAGCGUGUCACCACGGGGUUAUGUCCCGAGCUCCACCCCUCAACAGAGCAACUACGGCAACACGGUUAGCAACAGCAUGAACGGUUACGGUAACACCGGCAUGCCAAACCUCGGAGUCACAACAUCUCCCGGUUUCCUGAACGGCUCGUCCACAAACUCGCCGUACGGCAUCGUCCCCUCCAGUCCAACCAUGGCUGUGUCCAACUGUAACUCGUCUCAUGGAGUUUUCUCCUUCUCGGCUGCCGUCAAACAAAAAAGCGCCUUCGCUCCCGUCGUCCGGCCGCCGGCUUCUCCUCCUCCUCCCAACUGUGCCGCCAACAACACCAACGGGUUGCAAGCCAUGUCGGGCCUCGUUGUUCCUCCCAUGUAGAUAAUUCUCCUCCCCCUUCCUCCCCUUCUCUCCUCUCCCCCUCAGCCUUGAGCACCAAUCACCUCGGAGGGGGAGGGGCCUGUGGCUGCUGGAGGCGGGACCUCAGGGAUCAGCUGACCUUUCAGGCAGAGUGAAUACUGUCGCGUGAUUGGACGAAGCAUUUGUAAAGGAAAAAAAUGACUUUUUGCUCAGCAGGUGCUUUCAGCUCGGAUGUUUCACUGUCGAUGUAAAACGAUGACAUCACACUUGUGGUGUGACAUCACUUCCUGUACAUGUGAUGUUUUACUGAGAAAACGAAAAUAUGAGGAUUAUAGACAUUAAAGGCCACAAAUGAUAAAAAAAAAAAAAUUCUAUCAGAUGUCACAACUUUCGUUUGGAUUUGCUGUUCAGCGGAAAUUAUUUAUUUAUUUAUUUAUUUAUUUAUUUAUUUAUUUAUUUAUUUAUUUAUUUGAAGCCACAAGAAACAGAUUUAAUUAAGUUUGAGCUGUUUUUAUUUUGGAGGGGUGUUUUAGUUUAAAAACUUCCUGUUUGUGACGUCAGACCUUAACGUCUUCUGUGUUCAGAAUCAUUUGAGGCCUUUAAUCACUUCUUAAACUGAGCACAGGAACUCGUAAAGCACAGUGUAAAAAAAAAACGAAACAAAAAAACUUUUCUUCUUAUAAACCCGCCCCUUUUUUGCUUUAGCCCCGCCCUGUUUGUCUGUCUGUCUGUUUUAAUGCCUGCACUGUAAAACUACUCCUGCAUCCGAUUCGCUGCUGUGACGUCCGUCUUCUUGUUGAGUCUUGAUCUUAGCCCCGCCCCACCCCGGUAACGAAGACUCGUCCCGUGUUUCCUUGUGGGUUUUUGUGAUUUUUGCCAGACGUGUAGCCGAGUGUUUGUACGUCACUGUGGUUUGAGACACGCCCCUGCCCGUCACCGUGGUGACCAGGUUUUGUAUCAUACAGAAUAUAAAUAUUGUAUUUAUAUCAGAUUGUUUUUGUAUCGAUGAAUGUUGUCUCAUCGUCUUCAGUGCAUGUGGUGGUCCCACGCUAAAAGAAAACACUGUCUCUUUUUUAAUCAGCAAAAAACGACAUCGCAUUUAUAAAGCUGUCAAUCAAACGCUGACGUCCAAUCAGCUCCACUCAUUUGUUUUUAAUGUAAAUCAUGUUUUAAUGACUGUAAUAUCUUCACAGUGAAUAAAGUCACUCUGACUGACUGUC